ACCACUAUUCUACUCAUCAAUAAAAUUCUGUGGGAAAGCUCGAAGUGAAUGAAGCAGAAGAGAAGUCUCUAAGACUUUGUUGCCCCUUCAAAAUUCUUGAUUCAAUUAACUUGUUGUGAUGGGUCCUGUGAGAGGAACCAAGAAGAGAAGAAAGACAGAGAAGACACAUGACAAUAAUAACGGUUCUGGUUCUGCUUCUGGGUCAUCUGAGAAAGAGGGUCUUGUAGAUUGGUGGGAUGAAUUGUCAAAGAAGAUCAACGGUCUUCAGAAGGCACCGCCAAUGAUCUCCCGAAAGACGUUUGAGUACAUAUGUUCACUUGUCAAGGAUGAUAUUGCAAAAAAAUCCUCUCAUUUCUCGUUUUCAAACGGAAAGCCAGUGUCUUUAACUGAUCAAGUGGCCGUGGCAUUGAGAAGAUUAGGAUCCGGAGACUCGUUUGUUACAAUUGGUGAUUCAUUUGGUCUAAGCCACUCAACCGUUUCGCAAGUAACAUGGCGAUUUGUUGAAUCCAUGGAAGAGAGAGGGCUUCAUCACCUGCAAUGGCCUUCAACACAAGAGGAAAUGAAUUCCAUUAAGUCAAAAUUUGAGAAAAUACAAGGCUUCCCCAAUUGUUGUGGCGCUGUUGAUGUUACUCACAUCACAAUGUUGUUACCUGCAACCGAACAAUCAAGUGAUGUGUGGCUUGAUCAUAAAAACAAUCACAGCAUGGUUUUGCAAGCAAUAGUUGAUCCUGACAUGAAGUUCCGCGACAUAGUAACUGGUUGGCCAGGUAAAAUGGAGGAUUGGUCAAUAUUCGAGAGCUCAAAUUUCAACAAACUUUGCGAUAAUGGAGAAAGACUAAACGGAAAGAAAUUAAAACUAUCUAAAGGAUCAGAAAUAAGGGAAUAUAUAAUUGGUGAUUCAGGUUAUCCUCAAUUGCCUUACCUUGUUGUCCCUUAUGAAGAGAAAGAAAUCUUAGAGUCAGAACCAAAAGCUAAGUUUAAUAAGCUGCAUUUAGAAACUAGGAUGGUGGCACAAAGAGCAUUGACAAGGCUUAAGGAGAUGUGGAAAAUCAUUCGUGGAAAAAUGUGGCGGCCAGACAAACAUCGGCUGCCGAGGAUUAUUCUUGUUUGUUGCAUACUUCACAACAUUGUUAUUGACAUGCAAGAUGAAGUGAAUGAUGAGUUACUAUGUUUCUAUCGUAAUAAUCAUGACUCAGGUUACCAUCAACUUGUUUAUGAAGGUUUUGAUGAGAAGGGAGUGGCACUAAGAGAAAGUUUGUCUCACUACUUGACUGGAAGGUUGCACACAUAAUUUUUUGUCCAUCAUUGCUAGCAUUUGGUAUAGCUUAAAAAUUUAAGUGGAAUUGAAUCAUGAAAGAUUAUAAGAAAACAUAGUAUAGUAUGAUAUAGUUGCUCCUCUUUGAUUUCUAGACUGUAAAUAAUUUGGAUGAUGCCUGUGUACAUUUUACCAAAUUAUAAUUUUGAGGAUUGGAGUGGUAAACUCGCAUUAUAAUACUGAUCAUAGAUUUGUUGCUGGAGUAAA